AUGAAGAGUGGGAAUGAUACUUCUUCAGCAGACUUCUUUCUGCUGGGAUUCCUGAGCUGGACCAAUGUACACAUGUUCUCCCUGGCCAUAAUCGUAUUAGCCUUCAUCGCUGCCUUGUCUGGGAAUGCUCUCCUCAUAUUUCUAAUCCAAGUGGACUCCUCCCUUCACACUCCCAUGUACUUUUUCCUGAGUCAACUGGCCUUCAUGGACAUCUGUCAGACCCUGAUUGUUGUCCCCAAAAUGGUAGCAGACUUCCUGACCCCAGGCAACCCCAUUUCUCCAGCUGGCUGUGGGGCUCAGGUUUCCCUCACACUGACAAUGGGAAGAGCAGAGUGCCUCCUCCUGGCAGUCAUGGCUUAUGACAGGUACAUAGCUAUCUGCAAUCUUUUGCAAUACCCUAUUCUCCUGAGCAGGAGAGUCUGCCUGGGCCUGACAAGUAGCGUCUGGGUUGGGGCAUCUGCAGAUGCUUUGAUUCUUACAACUUGCGCAAUGCACCUGCCCUACUGUGGCUCUAAAGAGAUUAACUAUUUCUUUUGUGAGGUCCCAGUCCUGCUCAAAUUGUCCUGCUCUGACACGUCCCAAUAUGAGACUCUGCUGUUUGUAUGUGGCAAUUUCCUGCUCCUCAUCCCCUCUUCCACCAUCCUAGCCUCUUACUCUCACAUCCUUGCUGCAGUCCUAAGCAUGAAGUCAACCAGAGGACAGCAGAAAGCUCUGGCCACCUGCUCCUCCCACCUGACUGUGGUGGGCAUGUUCUACGGGGCAGCCAUCUUCACGUACAUGAGACCCAGCUCCUACCACUUCCCAGAGCAAGUCAAAAUUGUGUCUCUGUUUUACACUAUUGUCACCCCAGUGCUGAAUCCACUCAUCUACAGCCUGAGAAACAAGGAUUUCUUAGCAGCCCUAAGAAAUUUGUUUGGGAAAGGCAGAAUCUUCCAGCAGAAUUGA